UUCGGUUCCCCCGAAAGCGGAUGCCCGUACCUCUCUGUUGGCUUCGGAAUGUUUUCAAAAUACUUACGUGGAGUGGAAUAUCGACCAAAGCGAGUUCGGUGCGACUGCAUACGGCCCUGAAUGCAACGGAGAGCGGCAACAGGUACAUACCAGAGGUCAUGUGGUUCUGGUCGCCAGCGGGUAGUGGGAUACGUUCUGAUACAGAAGAAGCAUGGUCAACACGAGCCAAGACUUGGUGUUCAGUGAUUCGGUCAGUCGACUAGUCAGUCGAGUCAGUAGUGAGUCAGGCUCCAGCCUUCCUCAGAGUCGUUCAGUCGUUACAUCUUUAGUGCAAAGUUCCGAUCUCUUCCGGACCAGCGUUCACGUGAUCGUUGACAACUAAGGCAUCGGUGUGGUGGGGAUCCUGCAAAAUCGUGCUUUUGAGUGAUAACACGUCAAUUUUCUGUGCCUUGUCAAUUAAUGUUAUCAGUGAAUCUUUACCUGAUUAAUUUUGAACAAUAUCUAUUAUUUGACAGUAACCAUCGAGGUGGCACCGACUGGACUAGCAUGAAAUAUUGUUGUAUUUGUAGCAUCGGGUAACGGUGAGAGUCAUUGAGAUAUUUGGUAAUAGUUUAUUACCCUCGUGAUUCGACGUAAAAAAAACUCUGAUAUGACCUAUUGAAGAAUUUUCACUUAUAGAAUGCAAGGCGUUAAGCAAUAGCGGCCCUCGGACAUCUGAAGUGUAAAAAAGGCAGAUAUUUUCGUUUCUUUGUUACUCAAACUGAAGGAUCCCUAGUUCGUUAUAAACGAAUCACUAUGAUUUGUUAUCUCGCGAACCUUUUUCUCGUAAUUUGCGAUAUCACUUUGAGAUAAAGUAGAGCAAAACUAACAAAUUCCUAGAUGUCUUCAAAUAAAAUAGAUCUUUCAUUCCACAGAUCUCUUACGGUGUAUUUCAUCACGGUGAACACUAAUAUUCAGAUUGAACUCACUCGUCAAUAAAUGGGAGAGUUGGGUUCGUUAAGUUUAUUCCAGUAUCACGUUUCAAAGUAAUCGAUCAUUUUUUCAUGCAAAAUCUUUCAAGAAAUACUUGGUUGUGACAACGCGUGUGACUUAUGAGCGUGCAAUGCUUAGAACAACCGGAAGUUUUGGAAUCAAAUCGAAUAAAUCAAGGGCCAGUUGCAUUUCCUCAGCUGAACAAAACCUUGCUUCGUAUACUAAAUCUUCUGCGUCUACCACGCAUAACAAAUAGAGAAAAAUCAUUAAAUCUGUACAAAUUAAACAAAAGUCUGAUAAGAAAAUGAUCAGUCAACUCAUCGCUGUGUGUGGUGAUGAUCAAAGUUCAUAUUUAUGUGAUAAAUGAACCAAUAGAAACGUGAUCUAUAUGAUUCAUUUGGGAUAAAAGGCGUCAGCUGCUGGACCUCAUUAACUGACCCCGAAGACCGGAAGUCGAAUGCGUUUGUUUUUCAACCAACACGCGACUCCGAUUGCCCACCGUACUACUAUAACGAAGACUGAACAAGAAAGUGAUCAUCCUUAAUAGGAAAUUAGGAAGUUCAGAACAUUGAAGGGCGAUGCUCGCUAUUGCCAGUUGACGUUGUGACUUUUUUAUCCUUCGAUAUAUUUACUAAUUAUAAAAUUUAUCUACAAUAAAUCGAGCCCAGUCAACGCGUUGUUAAGAACAUCAUGGAUUGGUACAGAAAAUUACGUCGGAAAAGAAGACCGGCGCUGGAUGACGAUCUUGAGACGGCUGUGGAAAGACGAGAACGUUUGAGAAGCAUAAACGUUAUUCACUUCACGAUGUUCCUCAUGUCUCUUGGAUUUAGCAUAAUUUUGACGGGGGUCUGGCCAUACUUGAGCAAGUUGGAUCCUACGGCUGGAAAGGAUUUCAUGGGAUACGUGGUGGCCGCAAAUCCUUUGGGACAGAUGUUGUUCUCCCCUUUGGUUGGCUGGUGGGGUAACAAACGAGGGUCCGUCAGGUUACCGCUUCUAGUCACUCUGGCCGUAUUUACUUUAGCCUCCGCUGCUUAUGGAUCUCUUGAAAUCAUUCCUGUGCACAAGAAAGCUGCGAUGAUGGCUGCGAGGUUUUUCGUUGGCGUCAGUUCUGCAAACAUCGCGGUUGCGAGAUCUUAUCUUUCCGCAGCAACGAAACUGUCGGAAAGAACACACGCUGUAUCCAUGGUGUCGCUUGCGCAAGUUCUGGGAUUCGUGGUUGGUCCAGGCUUACAAGCGGCGGUUACACCACUGGGAGACGAAGGAUUUUAUCUUCUCGGACUUCCGUUCAAUAUGUACACAAUGGCCGGUUGGAUCAAUGUGGUGCUGGGCGUUUUGAAUUUUAUUCUUUUUCUCCCGUGGAAUUUCAAGGAACGAAAAAUCGCCGUUCGUGAAGCUAUGCAAAGUCAGGGAAAGGCUUCUGAAGAAGAAACUUGGAAAGCUAUGAAACCAGAUUACCUCGCAUCUUGGACUCUGAUCAGCGCUUUUUUCAUACUGGUCUUCAACUUUGUCCUUCUAGAAACACUGGGUACUUCGCUAACCAUGGAUCAGUUCGCUUGGUCGAAAACCGAAGCUCUGUACUAUAUGGGCAUCCUUAUGAGCGUCGGUGCUAUAAUCGCCUGUAUAACUUUUGUAUUGAUCGAACCCUUUUGCAAAAAAUUCGCCGAGAGAAAGGUCAUGUUAUGGGGAGGUUUCUUUGUGAUGAUCGUCGGCAGAGUGAUUUGCAUACCUUGGGGACCAGAACCAGCGGUAGUCGCCGAUUACGGGCCUUUCGAGAACGAAACGAAAUAUUCGAACGGUACCGACAUUCUCGGUUGUCCAAGUAUACAAACGUGGUGUUUUGACACACCGCGAAUGACCCUGACGCAAUUUCUCAUUGGCUACGGACUCACGACAAUCGGAUACCCAAUCGGAGUGACUUUGAUACAGACAAUAUUCAGUAAGAUAUUGGGUCCUCGUCCCCAGGGAGUGUGGAUGGGUCUGAUGACGGGAGCUGGUUGUGCGUCUCGUGUGAUGGGUCCAGUAUUUGUGGGAGUAAUUUAUACUCGUUACGGAACUUAUCCGACUUUUGGUAUCACCGGUGUCAUGCUGGUGCUAGCUAUGAUUUGGAUUCAAGUAUUGAACAAGCGUUUGAUACCACCCGAAGUUCUCGAUGGUGUUGGAGCUCCGGACAAAAAUGAUGCCGAUAAAAGGGACGUCGAACUUCCGCUUGUUCACCGACGGAAUGACGAUGACAAAAAGGAGGAUGAAGCGCAAGGACUGAAUGACUCGUGAUAUAAUCUAAUGAAUGUUCAUACGGCGGUCACGGUACACGACGUUACGUCAGGUGCAACCUCAGUCGUACUUGGUUUCGCAUCUUGGCCGAUUAAUUUGACCGCGAACAUUCAAUUAGUUGGACAUAGAGAUAUAUUAUAUUCAUAGUAUACGAACCGACAUUGUACAAAUAAGUAAAAUAUCAUGUUUUGUUUUGUUAAAUGACUACAUUUCAAGACUAACGUGUAUACUUGCAUUGAAGACUGUGUUACGAUGACUCAAAUAAAAUUGUAAUUAUUUAUA